AUGCAGCAGGGAAGCCCCCUUUCUUCUCCAGUUGACCCUUAUUCGCAGCGAGCCCCUCGUGGCUCAGGCAUGUAUAGCGACCGCAUAGAGGAGGAGGCUGCUGCUGAGGCUGCUGCACACCAGCGGCGGCAAGAGCUGCUGCAGCAGCAGCAGCUCCUGCGACAGAGGGAAAAUCAGCAGCUCGCUAAAAAGCUCUUCUCCGUCUUCACUGCGGAUUCCGCUGCCUUUAGUGCUUCCAGGGGGGUGCACGAUGGUGCUAGUAGCAGCGCCACGGCAGCUGCAUCGUCCGCAGUAGACCCGCCUCCGGACGCUGCGGCCGCCACUGCAGCAGCAAUUGCAGCAGUCACUGCAGCGAGCUCGCCUUUGCAGGCUCGGGCUGCUUUAGGGGCCCUCUGGCAGCAGCACCAUUGCCCUCGUCUGUCAUCUCUGCAGCGCCAGCUUCGCUUAGCUCGACAGCAGGCCGAGGCAGCGCAUACGCACUCGGCUGAAGCAGCUGCAACAGCAGGAACUGCUGCAGCACAAGCAGCAGCAAGUGACCCCGCACUAGGCAACCUGAACCGCUGCUUCGAGAGCACGCUGCAGGAAGUCGGGAGAACGUAUCAGUCACUUUAUGGGUCCUUUUUGUGGCGGUCUUCCCAGCAGACACUUAAAGAGGCGAAACAGCUGCGCACUGCGGGCUAUGGCAGUGCUGCGCCAGCAGUGGCCCUUGCUGCUGCUGCUGCUGCUGCCGUGGCUGCAGCAGCGCACUCCGAAACGGCAGCUGCCGCCAACCAUUCGCAGCUCUCUAGCGCUGCCAGCAUGCCAGGCGUGCCGGCGGCCACAGCAGCAUCAGAAGCAGAGUCUGGAGCAGCAGCAGCAGGAGCUGGUAGCGUAUGGGGCACAGCUGAGGAGUCGCUGCUGCAGGCAGAUGCUGCUCUUGCUGCAUGCAAGGGCGACACAACCUUUAGCCGCUGUUGCCGUCUCUGCGACCGACACAUCCUUGCCCACAUCAAAGUCAUUCUUGCAGACCUUGCGGGGUACAGGGCGCGUAUGGAGGGAGAAGUUGCGCUGGAAGAAUUGGGGUCUGAGCCACAGCAGCAGCUGCAGCACCAGCAAGUGCUCUUGUUGCUGCGCUGUCAGUCACAGCUGCCAGUAGGCUUGGAGCCGCUGCAGCGAAGCUGCCAGCUGUACGGGGAGGCGCUGCGACUGUUCCCGCUAGAUGCUGCAGCCAGCACGCAGCUGCAAACAACUUACUUGAGGAUCUUCGGGGGUUUGCAUCGGCAACUGCAGCAGCAAGUGCAACAGCAGCAGCAGCUCUUGCAGCACCUUCCUUUUGCAAAGAGAGAAGUGCAGCCAUCCCUUGCUGCCUCGCUUUUUCGACUCGAUGCUAUUGCUGCAGCCUUCGCCGCUGCAGCCACGUACUGGGCCUUGCGGUCUGCCGUGGGUCCCUUCGCUGCAGGGAGCCAAGACGAGCUAACUUUGCUGCUGCAACGGCUGAGCAACAUAGAUAUUCGCUCUGCUGCGUUGCAGCAGCCGUUUUUGCAGCAGCAGCACCACCAGCAACAAAUGGCGGCUGUCAUGUGGCGCACCUGCGGACAGGAGCAGAACCGUCAGUUGCUGCAGCAGCAGCUGCUGAAGCAGCAGCAGGAUCACCAAGCGGAGCUGCAGCGGUGGUGUCUGCUGCUGCGUGAGUUUGCGCGGCUGCUUCUGGGAAUUCACCUUCGUGUAGACGUAGACGAGCUGCCAGCAGCAGCUGCUGCCCUGUCUGCGCAGCUGUCUGCCUUGCUGCUGAGGAGAGCAGCGGGGCCUGCCGAGGCCCCAGUGCUAUUAUUGCUUCAGCUUGCUGCUGCUUGUGCCUACCUAAGAGCUACAGAGGCAACUACCAAACUGCAGCAGUCCACAGAGGCGGUGCUACACGCAACGCGCAAACUGAGACAGCAACAGUACCAACUGCAGCAACAGCAGCAUGAGCAGCGACAGCAACACCACAGGCAACAGGUGCAGCAGCUACAACAAAUAAGGAAUCAUACGAAGCUGUGGAAUCUGCAGCAGCAGCAACAGCAGGAACUGCAUGAGCAGCAGCAGCAGCAAAUCGAUAGCACGGCAGCGCGAUGGGAGCAGCUGACAUCCGAGCUGUAUGGGACCGUUUCUGACAGUUUGCUGGAGAUGGUGGAGCAGCAGCAGCAGCUGCAGCGUGAACGGCAGCAGCAGCAGCAGCAGCCCGAGCUGAUCCAGCUGCGGGCGCUGCAACAUGGGACACCUCAGAUGCAAGCAGCCCUUGACGUUUGCUGCAGUAUUGGUAUAACUGUAGCAGCGGCAGCUCGUGCUGCACUAUUAUCCGCAAGCGAGGCAGUAGCAGUGCGAGCAGCUUCACCUGCUGCUGCGAAUUUGUAUGCUUUAGAAAACAGCAGCCCUGAGCUGCAUACCGUUUGUGCCCCUAGCGGCAGCAACAACAAUAGCAGUAGCGGCUGCACCGGUAGCAGCGAUGGCAGCAGCAGCAGCAGAGACUUGCACCGGAUGGACUCCAAGCGCGUCUCAGAGCUGCGUGAAAGUGUUUCUGCUUUGCUUCCGCUCCUCCUGAACUGCCCGGCUAUCCUGGUGGCUGCUGCUUCUCACGAGCAGCAGCCGAGCGAGCAAGAUCAUCAUCAACAGCAGCAGGAAGCGAAUACAGACGAAGUUUCAGAUCUACAAAUGGCAUUACAGCUGUCUCUACCGGAGGACCGUCUUCUUCUUGGUCUCUUGAGAGUGCCUCUAGAGCUGCCGCAAAAGACUUUGUUGCUGCAGCAGCUGCAGCAACGUCAGCAAGACGAUGCGGUGAGCGUCUCAGCCUCAGCCCGCGGGAAUUCACCCAUUUUGCCUGCAGCCGGCUGUGUUGCUGCUGGUGCCGACACAAGCCACAACGCAGGAGCAGAAACGGAUGAUGACGACUUGCUGCUGCUGAAGGCCCCCCUCCGCGUCUUGAGCGCUCGCAGCGCGUCAGAUGGGGGGCCUUCCAGUGAGCAAGACCCUCGGGGUCCUCCCGCAAGUGGACCGCGGCAGGAUGGUGCUUCAGAUGCAGCUCGGGCAGGCUCAGCAAAAGACAUUCGAAGUGGAUUUCUCGGUGGAGGUUCUGUGGAGCAGAGACCGUCAAGGGCCCCAGGAAAGCCUGGGGAGGAAGCAAAUGAGGUGUCCGGACAGCUCUCUAUUACACUAGGCGGCGUCAUAGCGACGAGAACAACAGCAGCAGGGGCACCUGAGGACCUGUGGGCAAACCCACAGUUGGCCGCAGCACGAGCGGCACGGCUGCUACUGAUGCUUCUGGACUCUAAGGAGCUGCAGCAAGUAAUGCAAGGAGAGCAGGAGAAACAGCAGAAGCUGCAGCAGCAGCAGGAAGCAGGCAAACAAGCCGAACGCCUGGAGCAUGAUUUAGAGAGAGCAGCCUUUCUGCAAGACGAGGAGAGCGCUGACAAGCUACAGCGGAUGUGCGAGGCGGUAGAAGCUGCUCAGCAUCUUUGCUUGGAGCAGAAGCAACAGCAGCCGCAGCAGGAGGAGGAAGAGGAGGCGGGGCAGCAGCAGCAGCAGCAGCAGCAGUCGCCUCCUCACUGGAAGAACUGGCCAACACGGGGCUCUGGCUCCAAGCAGCCCUUCAACUCGAGGGGCCCACGAGGUCACGGAGGUUGGGGCGGGCGGAGCCGUCGUGGCCAGUGGGGUGGCACCUCAGGACCUCAGGACAGUACCAGCGGCACUGUAGAUGCUGCGUUAUCUUGGGGCUCCCACCCUAGGGCUCCUGAGGGGGAUCGCGAGCACUUAGUAGUGAUUGAUGGAUGCAACGUGGCCAUGAAACACGGAGACGGUGCGCGGGACCGGGAGAAGGGCCCUGAUAAACUGUUUUCAACCAAGGGCAUAUUGGCUGCGUUGGAUUACUACCAGGAGAGGGGCUACAAGGUGCGGGUGUUUGUACCUGAGUACGUUCUGUCGUACAAUAGCUACUCGGACGCUAGGAGGCAAGAAAGAGCUCAGAUGCCCGUCAGCUACACCCGCAUGCCAGACUGUAUCGAGGUCCUCAGGAAGCUACACAGAGAAGGCAUCCUUAUCUGCACACCUUCGCAAGACUACGACGACCUUUACUGCAUUAGGUAUGCCUUAAUGCGCGGAGGCUGCAUCAUAACUAACGACAUGUAUCGCGACAUAUGCAGCCGCGUGGCCGAUAAAACCCAGCAAGCGGCUCUUCGACUUUGGCUCAAGCGCCACAUCAUUACCUUCACUUUCGUGGACGGAGACUUCAUACCCAACCCCGAGUUCCAGUGGCCCCCCGUAGACGAUCCAGUUCCCGCAAACAUAUUCCAGGGGUCUCCCACACAGGGUUCCCCCAACACCGGGCCCGCCCCAGCAGGAAGCAGUUGA